UUGAACCACCCCAUCAGGAGUCCUCCGGAGAAGAGAGCGAAUCGACUUGGUUGUUUGAUCCGCUCUUCCCUUUUACAUCUUCCAUAUACAUUCAUCUCCUUCCUCUCCCCAUUGCCAGCACAGUCCAUCAUCCAACAUGGCGCCGACCUACGCGGGCAUGUCAGGCAGGAAACUGUCCCUGGCAAUCACCACCAUUGCCACGAUGGGUUUCCUCCUCUUCGGUUAUGACCAGGGUGUCAUGUCCGGUAUCAUCAGUGACAAGUACUUCGAGGAUCUCUACACCGCCACCAAGGGCAAUGCCACCAUGCAAGCUCUGGUCACUUCCGUGUAUGAAUUAGGUUGUUUGUUCGGUGCCAUGUUCGCGCUGUUCUUCGGCGACAUGACCGGCCGCAGAUGGAUGAUCUUCUCCGGUGCCAUCGUCAUGAUCGUCGGUGUCACCAUCCAGGUCACCUCCAUGGCAGGCCACAUCCCCCUCCUGCAGUUCUUCAUUGGCCGUGUCAUCACCGGUAUCGGCAACGGCAUGAACACCUCGACCAUCCCCACCUACCAGGCUGAAUGCUCCAAGACCGAGAACCGUGGUCUGCUGAUCUGUAUCGAGGGCGGUAUCAUCGCCAUCGGAACAGCGAUUGCUUACUGGAUCGACUACGGCGCCCACUUCGGUAACCGCGACCUUGUCUGGCGUCUCCCCAUCGCCUUCCAGAUCUUCUUCGGUCUUAUCCUUAUCUUCGGCAUGUGGUUCCUCCCCGACUCCCCUCGCUACCUGAUCUCCCGGGACCGUAUCCAGGAGGGAGAGUACGUGCUUGCCGCCCUGGGUGGCUGGGAAAUCGACUCCCACGACACUCAGCUCCAGAAGCAGCUGGUCAUCGACUCUAUCAGAGCUUCCAACGCUGCCGGCAAGGAUAUCGGAUACCGCGAUCUGUUCACCGGUGGCCGCUCCCAGCACUUCCGUCGUAUGCUUGUCGGUUCCUCGGCGCAGAUCUUCCAGCAACUGGGUGGAUGUAACGCGGUUAUCUACUACCUUCCCGUCCUGCUCGAGGACUCCCUCGGCGAGACUGAGGACUUCGCCCUGCUGAUCGGUGGUAUCAACAUGAUUGUCUACGCCAUUUUCGCGACCUUCUCGUGGUUCUUCAUUGAGCGGAUCGGUCGCCGUAAGCUCUUCCUGGGCGGUUCUUUCCUGCAGUGCAUUGCGAUGGUGAUCACUUUCGGCUGUCUGAUCCCGGGCAACGAGGAGACCUCGAAGGGUGCGGUGUUCGGUCUGUUCCUGUACAUGGCUGCUUUCGGAGCCACUUGGUUGCCUCUGCCCUGGCUGUACCCUGCUGAGCUGUCCCCGAUCAAGACCCGUGCCAAGGCCAACGCCCUGUCGACCUGCUCUAACUGGCUGUUCAACUUCUUCAUUGUUAUGAUCACCCCCGUCAUGGUCUCCCACAUCGGCUGGGGUACCUACCUGUUCUUCGCGGUGCUCAACGCCCUGUUCAUUCCCAUCAUCUACCUGUUCUACCCCGAGACCGCCAACCGCAGUCUGGAGGAGAUCGACAUCAUCUUCGCGAAGGGCUACACCGAGAACAUCAGCUACGUGCGCGCCGCCUUCGACCUCCCCCGCCUUACCGACGACGAAGUCGAGCAAAAGGCCCUGGAAUACGGCUUCAGCGGCACCGCCAACGACGUCGAGGAGGGCAAGGCCACCGCUGCCGAGAUCUCCGGCGACAACAGCCCCGGCAACCAGUCCGAGUAGACUGCCAGCCUUCAAAAUUUCAUGACCAACAAAAAAAUCGCAUGUUGCAUGUCGCAUGAUUUGCGCUGCCCCCCCGGUCGGCAACGACAGGGUGUCAGCCUUAUGUCCUCUGUUUUUGUUUCUUAUUUCUUUUUACAUCCUUUCCUUCUGUCGAUAUUU